UAUAACAAGGUUACGUUCACGCGGAGACACUGAAACACUUUGCAUUCAACAGAAAACAACAAUGUUCAACCCAGCUAGCUUCUGGACACAGGCUAACGCUCUUCUCCGCAAGAACUUAACUUACCAGAAACGCGAUGUCAAGACCAACGUGAGGCUGGUGCUGUUCCCGGUGAUCCUCGUCGUACUGCUCUACGCGCUCCAAACGGCGGUCGACAUCGUGCAGAGCGCGUCGCUUCAAGACGAGAAGAAGACGAAGGCCGCCGCCUGCAAAGGCUGCGUCUGCGUUCACGACAUCGGGCGCCAUGCCAAGUGCCCGGACUCAGAGAAGGUGUGUGGGCCCCGAUUCUUGGGCCCCGAGGAUGCCAACACGUGUCCCGUACCCUACCCGCCGGAGUGGCCUCCCCUUUUGCAACUUGAAGUCGGCGACGGACUCUUCAGCAAUGAUGCCGACCGCAAUGUCACCAUGCUCUUCACUGGCACUGACCAAUUUUUUGGAGAAAGUUUAUUUGGAACUAUGUUCCCAACUGAGUUGAGUAUAAAUGAGUCUGAUAUCAUGGCUAGUUUGGCAUCAGUUGUUCUGGGAACUGAAUUUGGGUUGGAUUUAACCGUUUUUGUGGACCCUGCGUUAAGUAUUAGCUCUCGUAUCCUUUAUCGUCUACAACAAGAUCAGUGUAAGGUGAACUCUAGUUUCUCCUUUAACUUCAACGAGGGAGACUCCAAAAUGAUCCCAGAUGUUAAGGUGAAUUGUACUCAGGCUUUUACCUUAUGGUGCAAGAGUUUUUCUGAUAUAUGGGAUGAGCUUCAACUUGAAGAUCGUGAUGAUGAUAAGAUAGGUUAUUACAAGUUACACAAGAAUCCUAUUAGUGGAGGUACUUAGUAUACCAUUAUGUUUAAAUUUAUUUAAUCUGUGGAAAACAAUACUAAUUUAAUGUUGUUUUUGCAGCUUUUGACUUUCUAAAUUCGAAUAAGAAUAUUUUUAAUGUUAGCUUUUUAAUUUACAAACAUGACAAUAGAGAUAAGAUCAACAUGAACCGC